UCCCAAGUCACUGAAAGUGCAGAGCUUGAUGUGGGGCUUGAACUCAUGAACCAUGAGAUGGUGAUCUGAGCUGAAACCGAGUCAGACAUUUAACCAACUGAGCCACUCAGGCGCCCCCAGUGUAUAUUUUAGCGACACAUCUUUUUUAGGUGUAAUGAUUGAGGUGGUUGUUUGGUGAACCUUAUAUACAAUACUUUGAGUCUUUUUUUUUUUUUUUUUUUUUUUUUUUGCCACAAGGCAGAGUAUGAGUUAAAGUUAACAUUUACCAACUGUCUAUUAGGUUAGGGACUUCAGACCUUAUCAAAGUUGCCUCUUGCCAUGUUAAUAUGAAAUUAAAAUUAUUUUCAUUUUACAUAUGUGAACACUGAGGCUCCCAUCACUAGAUCACACAACUAAUAAGUGGCCAAAUUUGGAUUUAGAUUCGUCUCUUCCAUGGUGCUUAAACUCUUUCUGCUGUACCAAAUGGUGACCCAGAACGGUAUCUUCCAUAUAGUACUAUAUAGCAUAACGAUUAAAAAAUGUUCGACCUUAAAGUAGAAUGUCCCUAAUAGAGCUGAACUCAGUUAUGAGCUGUGUUAAGUGUGGGUAAGUUAUCUGACCUCUCUAUGCCUCAAUUUUUUCAUCUUUAAAUCGGAAUAAUAAUAUCGCAACAUAGAUUGUUGGGAGGAUUAAAUAUGUUAACACGGUCACAGCAACCAGACAGUACCUGGCAUGUAGUAGCAACUCAAUAAAUUAUACCUCUUGUUAUUAUAGGGAGGUGACCAAAGUCAUUUUCCUCAACCAAGAGAUCAACUUUCAGUGAAACCAUCUGUCUGGUUGUCCAGGAUUGAUUUGAAGAGGGGCUAUGUAAUGUAUACAUACAUAUAAAAAUGAGAAAGGAAUCACACUUCACUGUUUCAAAGUUAUGUGAGGCACUCAGACUUACUACAGUAGUUUGAUGGUGUCUACUACUCCAAGACAAAAUGAAAUUGAACAAUGUAAAUUGAUGCUCCAUUUGUGGAGAGUCAUUUUGAUGUAUGGUCGGAAAUGAACCCUUCUGUUGCACUCAAAAAAUUGUAGCUGGUGGGGAAAGGGAAAACAUCAAACCUUUGGAUUUCUUUUCUGUGAUAGCCAUCAAUAACCCCAGAUGGCCUCCCGAGGAGAUGAGAAUGCAGAACUGGAGGCAGCCUCAGCAGGUGGUACCCCAGCGAGCCAGGUGGAACCAGAGGUGGUGAAUAACUCUGUCUACCAGCCCAUUAAUGGAUCACAAAAUCACCAGAAGGAGAAGUUACAGGCCCUUGGGGCCGUCCAGAUCAUGAAUGGAGCAACAAUUCUGGCUCUGGGUGUUUUUCUAGGUGCCUUACAAAGCAUAUUUCGUCCCUUCCGCCCGUUUUUCUUGGUCUUCUACACAGGCUACCCACUAUGGGGUGCUGUUUUUUUUAUUGUUUCAGGAUCCUUGUCUGUUGCAGCUGGGAGAAAGCCCACAAAAAAGUUGGUGGAACACAAUUUUGGAAUGAAUAUUGCCAGCACUACCGUUGCUCUAGUUGGGUUUGUUUUGGUCUCGAUCAAUUUAGCAGUUAAUAAGUAUUCUCUCAAGGGAUGUCCGUCUUCACAGUCACUGGACUUAUGCAUUUGCAUGGACGUCUUAUCAAACGGCAUCAUGUCUCUAAUGCUCAUCCUUACCUUGCUGGAAUUAUGCGUCAGCAUCUCUGUUUCAGCCAUGUGGUGUGCAGAAAACGCAUGUAAUUCCAGAGAGGUGAUUUCCUCACCUGGUAAUUCUGUGCAAGCAGAAAUGCCUCCUGAUGAAACUAAAUCUGAGAGCAAGGAAGUUCAACCCCAACUCUCCAAUGAGUCAGAGCCUCAUCAAAGACCUCAGGAAGACAGGAGCCUCCUCUCUUUACGGCACGAAGCAUGAGAAACUUGAAUAUCUGACUCAACUUUUUUGUUUUUGUAAAUUCUGUGCUCACCACUCCAAAGUUGUUCCCAUAAUCGGUGCUCUUUCUUCUUACCCACCUACUCCAUUGCCUUACAAGGUUUAAAGGAAGCAGGCAGAAUAAUUCCCGUUUUAUGAAUUCUCUCUAAAUCCAACUCCCAACCACCCAUUGAGAAGGAAAACGAGUCAUAUGUUUUUUGCAUUGCAGAAAAAUGGUUCUUGACUUUAGCUGACGUCAGCAUUGUAAAACCUCAAAUAAAAAAUCAUCGUUAUCAUCGUUAAGAUCAUUUUUUCUCACAUUUGAGGGGGGUAGGGUCAUGUCUCAGAGGUUUUAUUUCGGUCAGCUUCUGAGAUUCCCACAAGCCCUGAUACGUAAACGAUGGUGUCGAUCGGGGACAUUGAGAGCAAUAUCAAUCAACAUUUGUUCUUCAAAGGAUGGCGAGAAACUGUAAAACGGAGAAGUAAGGAAUAAGGGCUUUAGAUCCUUACAGAUCUGGGUUUAAAUUGUGAUACCGUCACUUGUUACCUGUGUGAAGUUGAGCAAGUUACUUAAGCUCCCUGACCUGUUUUUCCUCAUCCAUAAAAUUGGUGUAAUGUCAAUGGACUACCUCAUCGGUUGUUAUAAGGCUUCAGCCCUUGUAAGUGGUACGUAGAACCGCAAGUACUAAGUGGCCGUUGUUGGUGCCGCCACUGCUGUUAAGGCUGGGGUGGGACGGUGGUCAGAUGUGCAGGGAGGAUGGCAGAAACCCUCACUUCCAUGGUGGCUCCUCCCAUCCCCCUGGUGACAUCAAUGGCUGUCUUUUUAAGGUGACAGUUUGAUGUUAAGUCUCCUCCUGAUAUAUCUGGUUCCCGAUUUAUCUUCUGCUGAAGUGCUUAUGUUUCAGAUUUAGAAGUUAAUUCCCCUCUCUUGAUACUGAGCUGCGUCAUUCAUAAUGUCUGUAAGUUCAUACCCAUGGGCUAUUCUUAGCAUCAUGUUUACCACAUGGGCAAAAAUUCUUUCAUACUCUUCUCUACUAAUUGUUGCCUCUCUU